AUGCCAAGUCUCUUCACCCGACUCCGACGGCGCGCAUUUACCGUCUCGAACCCCGCGCCACCACCUCCCGCCCCGCCGAGCCCGCCGCUCCCCACAGCCUCAUCCGACCCAUCUCCCCUACCCCGCAAGAUUCAUCCCGACCUUAAUGCUCUUGCAGAAGACCUACAGCGGGAAACGGGCCAACGUUCAGUGUCCCAGUCGCACAGGCGUCCUUCCCGAUCAAGCCCACCCUCCCGCGCCGCGCAUUCCCCCGCUGGCGAGUACUCGCCAACCUCCUCCAGCUCGCACCUCUCGCACACGCCCUCCCUGACAGAUGACGCGCUCGCGGGGCUCCCCGCGUCUCCCGGCCGCCGCAUCAUGGCCCGCCUUGCUAAUCUCGCAUCUCGAUCCGCCCCCGCCAUCGCCCGCGCGCCGUCCCCGCUACGGACGCCCCCGCGCACCGCGCACAGUAGCCAACGGCCCAGCACAUCCGAAACGACGCGCUGGGCGACCUUCGGCCGCUCCCCACCCGGCGGCAAGCCCACCCCCCAGCUCGCCCUGCCUGAAGAGUUCGGCGGGUACUCAUCCGGCGCGUCCGAGCAGAGCCCCUCCGUCAGCACGCGCUCCUACCGCACAGAUCUGACCGGCCGCUCCACGCACACCCUCGGCAACCCCGCGGCGGCGCGCCCCACCACGCCCGCCAGCGCCUCGGACUUCGCGCCCAAGCCGCCCGCCGAGACGCCCUCCGCGCACACCUUCGGCUCGCCCACCCCGCCCUCCAGCGGCUUCACCUUCAGCAAGAGCGUCCCCUCGACGCGCCGCUCGCCCGCCCCGCCGCUGCCGCCGCUUAGUCACCCAGCAUUUGGCAGCAGCGUCAGUAGCACCCGCCGCCAGCUCUUCCGCACCGCGACGCAUACGUCCGCGCGGGAGCCUGCCCGACGGAAGCACCGCUCCCUCGCCACGUCGGCCUCUAUGCCUGCCAUGCGCAGGCGGAGACGCCGUGAGAGCAAUGCGUGGUCAGGCGGGGGGCAAGCCAUUCCGGAGGCGCCUCGGGCGAACGAGCGCGUGCAUCGGAGAAGUCUGUCGCGGAGCAGGUCGCAUGCGCGCACUGAGUCGAGGCGUUCGAGCGCGGAGUACAGCGCGCGGCAGGCGUCGCUGCACACGGCCGAAGAGGGCGCGCCGUGGGAGGCCCUCGUCUCCCGUGAGAUGGUCAGCCUUUCCCUUGGAAGACUCACUGCGAAGGCAGGAGACGGUAGAAACAGUCUGCAGCCUUCUGCCGUCCUAUCUUCCGCGCCCGCUGCCCUCGCGUCGGCUCCAGGGAUUUUGUCUCCUUCACCAGUCACCGCGCUUCCCGCUUCAGUUGCCGCAACUCCCGCUCCGGUCACCGCGUCUGCCACACCGUUGACCGCCCCGCCCACGCCCUCUGCCUUGCCUGUGCCCUCUGCCUCGUCUGCUGCCCCGUCCUUUGUCUCGUCCUCAUGCCUAUCCGUCGAGCCCACCUCGCCGACGCCCGUAUACCGAUCUCAGGAGAUUAUACCCUGGGCGUCGCGCUCGGACGUUGUGGUCGGCGACCGCAGCAAGGGCAAAGGGCCCGCUUACCCAGCCGCGCUGAAGCGCGAAGGCAGUACCACGGGAAAACGCAAGGCAGGAGACGAUGAGCCCACCCGAGUUGACUCGGGAUACUGGGAGGAUCCGGCGGCGAGGUCACUUCGCCCGCAGAGGCUGUCUGUGCCGUCGUUCGAGGAAGCGAGGAGGAAGCGGCCAAGGCUUUCGCUCACUGAGCCGCCGCGUCCCAGCAGCACACACGAUGCGUCGCUCAUCCACGCCCUCGGCGCUCAGCGUCACUCGCGUCUCGGACAACAAUCACUGCACCUCUCGCGACCGGGAUCAUCGCGAUUAUCUGCGCAGCCUUCGGCCCGCGCCUCGACGUACGCCUCUGGCAGCACCGCGGCGCGCUACCACAUGCGGGACCCGCGCAAGCCGCCGCCUCUCGUGCCGACGCCGUGGCUGCCUUCAAGGGACGCCCCGCGAGCCGCGUGGCUGUUCUUCAUCGGUUUCGUGCUUUUCCCUGCGUGGUGGCUGGGCGGGUUGCUUCCCGCCAAACCUCGCCCAUGCGUAUUCGGCACCCACAGUGAUGCGGAGGGACUGGUGGGCGACGUGGAGAGCGUCGCUGCGACGAGGCGGGAGAGCAAGCGCGGCAGCUUCCUGGUGAACACUGCACAGCCGGAACACGAUGCUAGAUCGUGGCAAUUCCGCUGCCGCGUUCUGGGUGCCCUCUCGCUGGUGACCUACGUGCCCUUCAUCGUCUGCCUGGCCAUCUUCGCUCCGCGGUAG